AUGGAGCAGAAGGGGCAGCAGGAUCGUCGUCCCGUUAAAGGAUCCGCCUGUCCGAAGUACGUGAUCUGCGAUUGUCCCGCGUUGCAUUUGAGCGACGCGGAAAAAUGCCGCAGAGUAAAUGCGGAUUACACGGUGGAGAAAUUGCGACAGCUCGUGUCGGAUUCUGUCACCAGAGAUCACGUCGCGCGGAUAUCGCGACUUUUAUGCGAUUAUCUACGCGAGAUCGGCGACGAGGGUUACCCAGUCAAGCACCUGCCGGCCGUAAUAAAAGUGCUAGAGUUUCUAGCCGUGAAAACCGAAGAAGUCGACAACUAUCGAGUGCAUCUGGACCGGAUGCUACAGUUAUGCAGCCGGCCACCUUUACUAAAGCGGACUUCCGAGAAUCUCGUCAGCUCCGUCGUUAUGGAGCGCUACUUUACAUCGCUGGGUUAUCUUCUAACGAUUUUGCGCAACAAAGAGGACAUCCAGAGGAUUCACGACGCUCUCGACGGCUUAUUAAUUGGAAAGAAACUGGCAAAUGUCGCGGCGGUAAAAUUAGAUUUCCGUCGGCGCGCGGCGGAGAAUUCCAGGCUGCCGAUUAUCAUAGUCGAGCUGCUGGAAGUUGCUUUGCCGAAGUUGUAUCCAAAGAUCUUGGAAGUAGCUUUCACACUUGCUUCGGUUUCGCACCGGUGUUGUCACAGAAUGCUGGAGGCCAACGUGCUAAGUACGCUGCUCAUCAGAAUGGACCUUCCCUACGCAACGCAGCUGCGUUGCACCAGACCACUGGACAUACCGCUCAAAGGAGAGGAAUAUUCGUGGGAUACCAUGCUCUUGAUUAUGAAUCUUCUGUGGAGUCUAAUGGGAUCUGUUUUACCUCUAAAAACGCCACCUGAACCUCUGAAGAACCUACCAUCGCUCAAGAAAUGCGCCAUGUGGUAUUAUUAA